AUGGGGACUGUGACACUGGGAUUGUCCCUGCUGGCUGUGGCUCUCCUGUGCCCUGCCACUGCCACGCUGCGCAUCGGCGCCUUCAACAUCCAGGCCUUCGGUGACACGAAGAUGUCCAACAAGGAAGUGGCAGAGAUCAUCAUCAACGUCCUGCUCCGCUACGACGUGGUGCUGGUGCAGGAGGUGCGCGACUCCGACCUCAGCGCCGUCACCGAGCUCAUGGAGCAGCUCAACAGCGCAUCCACAUCCUCAUACGACUACGAGAUCAGUGGUCCCCUGGGACGGGAGAACUACAAGGAGAUGUACCUGUUUAUCUACAGGACAGACGUCGUGUCUGUGGUGGACACCUACCAAUAUGAGGACCCCCAGGAUGUCUUCAGCCGGGAGCCAUUCAUCCUGAGGGUUUCAGUACCCAGCACCAAGGUGAAGGAGUUUGUCCUGGUGCCCCUGCACUCAGCCCCACAUGACGCUGUCGCUGAGAUUGAUGCACUCUACGACGUCUACCUGGCCAUCAUCAACAAGUGGGGGACUGAUAACAUGAUGUUCCUGGGGGACUUCAAUGCCGACUGCUCCUACGUCCAGCCCAGCGACUGGUCAUCCAUCCGCCUGCGCACCAGCGACGUCUUCAAGUGGCUGAUCCCCGACAGCGCCGACACCACCGUGGGCAAGUCAGACUGUGCCUAUGACAGGAUCGUGGUGUGUGGCAACAAGCUGAGGAGGAGCAUCGUGUCCAACUCAGCUGGUAUCUACAAUUUCCAGCGCGCUUUCCGGUUGGACCAGGAGGAGGCCCUGGCAGUCAGUGACCACUACCCGGUCGAGGUGAAGCUGGCAGCCUGA